CCUCCUUCACCAACUGCCCUCUCCCUGUUACAAUUCACAGCUGGUUCCAACAUGCUCUCUCUCUGUUCGUUGAUUAUCGCUCUCGUCACUGCUUCAGUGUCCGUUGCGCUGCCACACGAGGCUCGCACUGUUGAGCUCUCGGAGCGCCAGGGACCGAGUGGCUACGUCGUCUAUCCUCCUGGUGGUACUUCGUUCGACAUCAUCGGCGGCGGCGGGCCCAACGGUGGGGUCACCUACCUCAACAUCCAGUACCAGGGCGUGAAUCUACAGGACCCAUACGUGCAAACGGUCGGCAUCGAUAUCUACUUGCACGAUCCUACUGGUCAACAGGCUGAUAGCUACUUGACGUACGAGUUCGCCAGCGACCCGAGCGGCACUUUGAUUGAGGGAUAUUUCGUCCCCGCCCUCUGCGGUGACUUCGAACUUGUAUUUAUCGAGCACCAGAACAUGGGAAAUUUCGGCGACAUCAUCAAAUUCAAGGCUGCCGCCCCGUCAAUCACGAUCGUUUGUUCGCCUGAGCAGCGUUGAAUCAACCAAUAGCGAGGCAUUCUGAAAUGGACUUUUAACGAUUGUUAUGUAUUUAACUGAUGUGAUGUUGCCUUCCCCCUGUGAAAUGGAGGGAUCGGUGCCUCUGGGUGCCGUCAACUUUGAAGACAUAUAUCCGGUUCAGUGGAGGGGUAAGGGCUUCCGUGGCAUCGAUCAUGUGCUGCAUUUGCCCAUUCCUCCUCACUAAGAGGUUCGAAAGAUUAUCUGAAAUACGUC